AUGUCAGGGCGUCACGCGCUUGGCGGUGCGUCCCGCCUCCCGUUCCCUUCUAUCCUUCCCUCCUACCCCUGCUCUCCUUCUUUCCUCCACUUCCCUCCUCUCCUUCCCUCCUCUACUUCCCUUCUCUCCUUCCCUCCUCUACUUCCCUUAACUCCUUACCUUCUCCCCUUCCCUUCUCUCCUACCCUCCUCCCCUUCCGAUCUCUCCUUCCCUCCUCCGCUUCCCGUCUCUCCUUCCCUCCUCCCCGUCCCUUCUCUCUUUCCUUCCUCCCGUUCCCUUCUCUCCUACCCUCCUCCCUGCUGUUGGGAAUUCUCCCAACCUCUUUCCCAUUUCGGCACAGUCACACGCCGAAACGCCCUCCCUCGGUUCCCCCUGCUAUCAUCCCCCGCCGUCCCUGAUUCCAACACUUAUAUACGACUCGGUAGCAGCAGCGGCCGCACCACCAUCGCCACCAGCACCGUCAACGGCAUUCGCAUAGUCAAGUUCGUUCCAAUCCAAGCAUCUCUCGCAGACCCCUCCCCUCACUCUCCCUCGUCUUCCCACUCCUCUCCUCACUCCUCCCCACCACUCUCCUCCUCCUCUUCCCCCGCCUCCUCCUCCGCCGCCUCCCCGCGUUUUUCCGCUCCCGCCGCCAAAUCCAUCGGUAGGGGCAGGCAGGCAGUCGCCGCGGCGCCUGACGGCGGCACGACAGAGACGGUUGUCGGGCCGCGGUUCGAGUUCGUGUCGUCUCCACCGUACGAUCGGCAGCGGAGAGCGCGGGAGCCGUCGGUGGAGGAGAUGCGGGAGGUGCUGCUGGGCGGCGAGGUGGGGCAAGCUUUGGACGGAAAUGCGGCCAGGGCGGGGCCGAGUCCCGUGGCUGAGCUGUCAUACGAGCUUGUGCAAGGCGCACUGGUGCGUUGGUCGGAGGACCGAUCUCGCCGCCAGCCCCCGCCCCCCACAGCAGUGCUCAUUCACGGCAUCCUAGGCAGCGGCAAGAACUGGGGCUCCUUUGCAAGAAGGCUAGCCACUGAAUUCCCCGCAUGGCAGUUCCUGUGUGUGGACCUGCGGUGUCAUGGGGCCUCCACAGCAGCAUCAAGGCACCUGGGACCACACUCGGUACACUCUGCUGCUAAGGACGUGCUACACCUGAUGGGUCGUCUCCGCAUCACUCCCCGCAUUCUCAUAGGCCACAGCUUUGGCGGCAAAGUGGCUUUAAGCAUGAUAGACCAAGCAGCCAAGCCCAUGCCCAGCGCUAUCAAGGUGUGGGUGUUGGACGCCACACCGGGCAAAGUGAGGGCAGGGGGCGAUGGGGAGGACCAUCCAGCCGACCUAAUUGAUGCUCUCAGAGGCAUGCCGCCCCUGAUUCUGGAUCGCAGCGAGGUGGUGAACUCUCUCCUCUCGCAGGGCUUCUCCAAGCCCAUCGCACAGUGGAUGACUACCAACCUGUCCAAGACGCACCUGCCUUCACUAGAUCUCAUUCAGGACCUGCUUCCUUCACAGCAGCAGCAGCAUGAAGAGGCAGCGAGGGUGGCUAGUAGGGGGCAGGCGGCAUAUGGGUGGGCGUUUGAUCUGGAGGGGAUUUCUCAGAUGUACUCGUCGUAUGAGAGGAAAAACCUGUGCUUUCAGCCCACCAUGCAGUCACUCUUUGGCUCUGACAGGAGCGUCUUCAGUGACAAUAUGAAGCGGGUCGUUGCUACGCUUUACACCAACCUCGUAAAGAGGAAGAGCAAGCAGUACGACGAUGAGGUGCUCGCACAGUUCUUCCUCAUGAACAAUGUGCAUUACAUUGUGGAGUGCAUGGUCAAUGGCAAUCUAAAGGAGGUGGUGGGGGAGGAGUGGAUCUGCCAACAGCAUUCUGUCGUGGAGCACCAUGCCAAGGCGUAUCUUCGGUUGUCAUGGAGAAAG